GCUCUGACCCCCCGCGGGGUGCUGAGGCCGGCGGGGCGGUGCGCGCGGUGCGAGGUGAGGCCGGGCAAGCUGGACGCCCGGGCAGGGCUUUUCUAAGAUUCGCCACCCAGUCGACACCCCGACCCCACUGCGCGCCCGGAGGCCUUACAGCCCGAGUCCCGAGGAGUAGUAGGACUCAGCCGGCUCGCCCGGCCGGGCCAUGGCGCUCGACUUCCUGGCUGGAUGCGCCGGAGGUGUGGCAGGUGUGAUUGUGGGACACCCUUUUGACACAGUCAAGGUGAGUACUGUGGAAGCACAGACGUCGGGGACAGACAUCGGCGUGCAGGGUUUCUGCCCAGGAUCACAGUAAAAGUCACGCCCAGGUUCUGAGUGAAGGCAGGGCUGCUGUUGGCCACCACGGAAUGAGCCACCUUACCCUUCCUCCUGGAAUUGCCUCUUCCCGGAGGCUGAGCUGUAUGUUGAGUCCACAGCCAAGCCUGACAGAGACUGAGGUGCGGCUUCAAGUACAGAACACAGAGAAGCCUCAGUACCGAGGGACGCUGCACUGCUUCCAGUCUAUCAUCAAGCAAGAAAGUGUGCUGGGUCUCUAUAAAGGCCUGGGCUCGCCACUAAUGGGACUCACCUUCAUCAAUGCACUGGUGUUUGGGGUGCAGGGUAACACCCUCCGGGCCCUGGGCCAAGACUCACCACUCAAUCAGUUCCUGGCGGGUGCAGCAGCAGGCGCCAUUCAGUGUGUCAUCUGUUGCCCCAUGGAACUGGCCAAGACGAGGCUGCAGCUGCAGGCGGCAGGCCCUGCCCGUGCCUACAAGGGCUCCCUGGAUUGCCUGGUACAGAUUUACCGGCAUGAGGGCCUGCGCGGCAUCAACCGGGGCAUGGUGUCCACACUCCUGCGGGAGACGCCCAGCUUCGGGGUCUACUUCCUCACUUACGAUGUACUGACCCGUGCCAUGGGCUGCGAGCCAGGCGACCGCCUGCUGGUGCCCAAGCUGCUGCUGGCGGGCGGCACAUCGGGCAUCACCUCCUGGCUCUCCACCUAUCCCAUGGACGUGGUUAAGUCGCGCCUGCAAGCCGACGGGCUGCAGGGAACCCCUCGCUACCGCGGCAUCGUCGACUGCAUGCGGCAGAGUUACCAGGCCGAGGGCUGGCAAGUCUUCACAAGAGGGCUGGCCUCCACACUGCUACGUGCCUUCCCGGUCAACGCCGCCACCUUCGCCACGGUCACUGUGGUGCUUACGUAUAUCCGGGGUGAGGAGGAUCAGGUAGACAGCGAGGCAGCUCCGGGCGCCUCUACCACUCCUGCCGGGCCAGCCCUGGCCCAGCCAUCCAGUCUGUGAUCCUGUCUGUCCCACUAACUUUGUUGGUGUGACACGGAGGGGAAUAUGGCUCCUCGGCCAAUCUUCUUGCUCAUUGGCCAGUGAUGCCAGCCAGUCUACACCCCACUGGCCUCCUAUUUUCUUAGCUGUAAAAUGGGGACUCUUCCUCAUAUGGGGUACAUUCGGGGAGAUCAAGCCUACCUAAGUCUGCACUCUGCAGACAGAGCUGCCAGCCAGAGUCUUCCGAGCCCAGCACUCCCAGGGGUUAUCUCUUGAGCCAACCAUUACAAACCGGCCAAGGACCCACCCGUUCCCCAGAUCCUCCAGCGACCAUGUGGUAGGGACAGUGGCAGCACACAAUGCUCUCGGCGUUGCAGAGCAGCCCUGCCUCCAUGGCUAGCUUCUCCACUGCUGCUCCUGAACGGCAGAGCAGGGUUGAGACCCUGGCACCAAGCUUGUGGACGAUGGAGCCAGUGUAGGGCCUGAAUGGGAGCAGACAGGCCACUGGCCUCAAUGUCUCCACAGGGAAAUUGUGUAACAGCUGUGGCAGGACAAAGUCAUCUUACCUCUGGGCCUUAGGCUACCUGUCUGUAGGAUGGAGGCCUGGGUCAGCUGAUGUCUGGCUCUCUUAGUGCCACCCAGGAUUCCCAGUGGUAGGUAGUCAGAGGGUCCAGGAGAACACUGUGGGAUCGGCCCAUUUCCCAGUAAAUGCCAUCCUUCUGAGCACUGUCAGUGCCUGUGCCUGUGAAGGCACAGAGGUCUUGGCACCAGUACAGAGUUGCCAGUUUGCACCUGCCUGGGCGGGGGAAACUGAGCUCUGGCUGUCCGGCACCAUUGUACUGUCCUCUAAAGGAAUAAAGUCGUUUUCCAGUGUGUGAA